AUGGAAAACAAACAACUCAAAAAAGUUGCAAUUCUUGACGCAACUUCAAAUUCUGUACCAACAAUAGCUGAAACUAAAUCCAUAAUAUCCAGAACCAACUCGAAAACCUCUAGAACAUCUCGUUUCUCCAAGACAACCAUCUCUACUUUAAACGUCAAAGUCAAAAUUUGUUGUGGCAUUUUAGAGUUGGAUUGUUUGAGAUUGUUUUCAAUUGUUAGUUUGUUGAUCAAUGUUGCUGCUUUUAUUAUUGUUGCCGGUAUAACAAUCAACAUGUUUCAAAUUUCCAAUCAGCCAGCUGUCAGAACAUUAAUUGCAAGAGGUGACGCGCUCAAUACUGGUGAGCUCUUGUUGGAUAUUGUGAGAGUAGGCGCACUAUCAGGAAGUAAUGAAGAAACCAAGCUGUGGUACGUCUACAGGGAUCAAAUGGUCGAAGCUCUCAAUAGAAUCUUUGCAAAUAUUGAGUCAACCACAAAUUCCACAAAUUUCAAUCAUGCAAGUAAGAAUGGAAGUGAUAUGUAUACAUUACCAUUGAUGGAAGAGAUUAUAAAAGAGUUAGAGAAUGGCAAUUAUGCGCGUGCUAAGGAUUUGUACAAGGGUCAAAUUUAUCAGAAUGCUAUUGGAAACUGGUCGAAACAACAAGGUUCAUUCUUUGGUACUAUUAAGAAUGAAGGAAGAGGAAAGGAUGAUAAGGUCUAUGAUGCCUCAACUACUAACCUUGCAGUUGUUGGUGCUUGCUUGGCAAUUGUCCUUCCAAUUGUUUUGGGAAUGACACUCAUUAAUCUAAAGAGAGAAUCUGUUGUAUCCGAAACAUUGAACAAUUCCAAAACUAUGCAAAUGUUGGAUACAAUUAGGAAUCCAAACCUGUCCAAAUAUUUCAAACAAGCAUGCAAAGUUCAAAAUGUUGAACAUGUUUUUGCACUUUUACAAGAAAUUAUCACAUUUAACACUUUACAAAAUGAUGAAGCUAAAAGAGAGCAAGCACUUUCCAUUUAUCGAAACUAUCUAAAAGAUUCCAUUAAGAAACAACCAUACAAGUAUGUCAGCAAGAGCUUGAUUGCUUCCAUUUGCAAAGAAAUUCAAGAAAAUUAUUUACUCCAUGAGCAGGAAUCAACUCAACUCUUGAGAUUUGAUUUAUUCAGAGAAAUGGAAGCCUGUCUAUGCGAAGAAUUGGUGAAAAUUCAUAGAAAAUUUAAGCGAAAUAUGAAAAUGUAAAGCAAAUUCCAUUUGAAGCAAACAAGCACAAAUAGUUCCAAUUAGUACUUCAUUUUGAAUUCGAGUUUAGUAAUUAAGAAGGUACUUGUUUCAUGUCUCUUUGCUAAUAUGGUACAUAAUUGUUAAAUUGGAGCUAGCUUGUUAAAAGUGCAGUUAUCUGGCAUUUCAGAUAAUGUAGAUCUCUCUUCGCUUAGUCCACUUUAGUCAAUGUCUGAAAUGAGUAGAAUUAUGAUUGAGGGGUCAAAUCGAAUUUAAGCGUUUGGAUGCGGUUUAACUGGGUUCAUUGUGUAAAUAUUCAGAAUAUCAAAAUAUUAAAAAAACGUUUAAUUA